AUGCCUUCGGUGGCACUAGCUUCAUUGCGAUCGGUACAAUUGCGUUUAGUAUCGCUGGUGCUGGUGGCGACGAUGAUACACUCAUGUCCACCGCCGUCCGCUUUCCUGCUCAGAGGCGGCGUCGACACCAGCAGUCAGCAGACGCAGCACAGCACAGCAGGGCGCAGGCGGCAGCAAACCUUCAGUCUUCUCUCUGUCUUCUCUUUUGUUCUUCUUUCGAUGGGUGCUGGAGGGCUGGCUUCCAUCGUGUUUGGAUUGAUUGCCGAUGCCUUCGGUGGCACUAGCUUCAUUGCGAUCGGUACAAUUGCGUUUAGUAUCGCCGGUGCUGGUGGCAACGAUGCUACACUCAUGUCCACCGCCGUCCGCUUUCCUGCUCAGGCGAUUUGUGCAGCUGGUGGUAUAAUGUAUCUUUUGGAUUUUAUGCCAUUAGAGUAUAAACAUUUGCUAGAAGGACCUACUCUAAAAGUAGAUUUGCAUACUGGAGCCAUUGCUGAGGGAGUUUUGACUUUCGUUAUCACUUUUGUUGUUCUCUUUAUCAUCAUCAAAGGUCCUAACAGCUUGUUCUUGAAGAAUUGGAUGCUUUCCAUGGCAACUAUGGUGAUGAUUCUUGUUAGUUCAAGCUACACUGGUCCUUCAAUGAAUCCUGCAAAUGUAUGUAAUCCUUUGGUAUGCAGUAAUCAACGAGGGAAUGUAAUUGAGCGUUACAACGGAAUGGAAUUGAUCAUCAAGCUUCGGAAUAGGGGGGAUGCAACAAAGUGA